UCCCAAGCAGCGGAACUCUAUUAACACUAUCGCGCGCGGCUUAUCGAGAACCACCGCAACCUGACGGUUCCUUCGCUCGGUGGGCGUGACGGCCGGAUUAAUCGCGAUUCGACGAUGAGAUCCGCCGCGCGGAAGCCCGUCGUGCGCGAGGUGCAGUGCGAUUCGCGGUGCGGUCGAUGAAAGAAGGGAAGUACCCUUCCCGCGUGCGAAAGUAAGUGCGAGCAGCCGAAAAACGGAGGAUUCGGAGCUUCGUAUCGUAAGAGUCAGCGCGUUUCCUACCCGGCGUGCGCGACGCACCAACUUCUUACGAGGGAAUCAGCGUGGCACACGGCCGGUCGCAAAGAGGAUGUGGACCGUACACUGCCAGAAUUUAGUGUUCAUCGCCUGUGUGUUCCUGCCCUGCCUCGUGAGAGGCAUUCCGGAUUAUUCCGGGCUGCCACCGGGGUCAUAUUGCGUCUCGAGGUAUCCUGCGAGCAGAUGUUGUCCAGGACGUCAGGAUGAAUGCAGCGCGCCGAUCCUUACGACGCUGUGCUACUGUGACGAUUUUUGCGAUCGAGAGCGUGAAGAGGACUGCUGUCCGGAUUAUUGGCAGCACUGCAGAGGCAUCGUGCCGAACGUCACGUCGCCACCCGAGGAGCUAAGAAGAUGCUUCUUCCAAGGGAGAGAGUACAAUCAUGGACAAACGUUAAGAGUUAACUGUAACACAUGUAAAUGCUCCUCGCUCGGUAAGCGCGCCGAAGUGCUCUGCGAGGAGAACCGAUGCUUGAUCGAGCAGGAGUUAAUGGAUGAAGUCAGCUUGCAAGGACCAACCUUGGGAUGGCAAGUGGGCAAUUAUUCCGAAUUUUGGGGAAGGACACUGCGCGAAGGGGUGGAGCUACGUCUGGGCACUCUUAAUCCGUCACAAUCCAUGUACAAGAUGAACCCAGUGCGACGUAUUUACGAUCCGGACGCGCUGCCACGGGAAUUCGACUCUAGGACACGCUGGCCACGCGACAUAUCUGACAUUCACGAUCAAGGAUGGUGCGGCGCGUCCUGGGCCGUGUCCACCGCUGACGUCGCGUCCGACCGAUUCGCGAUCAUGAGCAAGGGCGCUGAAGAUGUGCAGCUGAGUGCGCAGCAUCUGCUUUCUUGCAACAACAGAGGACAGCAAGGUUGCAGGGGCGGAUAUUUGGAUCGUGCUUGGCUCUUCAUGAGGAAAUUCGGACUGGUGGACAAGGAGUGCUAUCCUUGGACCGGUAAGAACGAUCAAUGCAGAUUACACAAACGAAGCAACCUAAAGCUCGCCGGCUGCCGAAAGCCGCCGAACUCCCUGAGACAAGAAUUGUACAAGGUCGGGCCGGCUUAUCGUCUAGGCAACGAAACUGAUAUUAUGCAGGAGAUCCUGACUUCCGGACCUGUGCAAGCCACCAUGAGAGUCUACCAGGACUUCUUUAUUUACAAGAACGGAGUGUACAGGCACUCACGGAGCGCGGAAUUGCACGACUCGGGUUAUCACUCGGUGAGAAUAAUCGGAUGGGGCGAGGAGCCGUCUUAUCGCGGUCCGCCACUCAAGUAUUGGUUGGUUGCGAACUCCUGGGGACACGAUUGGGGUGAGAACGGACUCUUCAGGAUCCAAAGGGGAGCGAACGAGUGCGAGAUCGAAUCGUAUGUGCUGGCAGUUUGGGCUAAGACAAUAUAAAGAUCAUGAAGAUAAAACCAAAGUACUAGAAUAUCCGAUUGUCAUAAUCACUGUUGGUGCAUUUAUUGAAUCUCUUGGCCGGCCGGUCGAUAUGCAAUGGCCGUGAUUGCGCCGUGGACGAGGAGCGAUAUAUCGAUGCUGGAAAGUAUGUGAUCCAUGUGCCUCCGUAUACGCCUUAUUACACGUAAGAUCGGGAGGGUCGGGGGGUUGUUCAUAGAUAUUUAAUAUAAGUACGAACUCGCACCUAAUCGAAAGAGCGCCACCGUUAUUCCUUCGGCCGCAUUAUUCGUAGACAACAGUAAUCGCUUUGCACGCUCGGAGGUCGAUAUUUUUCAUAUAUUAUGCAAAAGAAAACGGGAAGGAAAACGGAAAUCACGCGUCUCUCACGCGUAAUAUCGCGCGUCAGACAGUUCGGACGCGUGACGAGUAUACUAAGUGCCAAACGCUUGAAAUAAAUUUUCUAAGUACACAAA